GGCGGGUCGACCACGUUCGGAGAUUUUUCUGUCUGCAACUCUCUGUUCGUCCCUCUCCUCUGCCCAGUCCCACCAGCCUGAUCCAACACAAUGCCUCCCAUCGCUACCGGAACCGAUGCCAGCGGGCCCAUCACCGUCCACAUCAAGGACUCGGUCCAGAUUUCUGUCGAGGAGCCCGUCCAAGAACCUAUCCAGGAAGCUUUCGUCGACGGCGACGUUGCGAUCUCCCCCAACGUGCCUGACCAGAUCCCCGCGCUGCUGAGGCGGGUGGCCCUGCACGGCGAGGCCUAUCUCACUGAGAAAGACGAGGAGGAGCGCACCACCGUCCUCGAUGCCGCGCGGGCGUUGGUCUACGCCCUCGAGACCCCUCGGGAGGCCAUGAUCCGACACACCUGGUGCCAGAGCAGUCUAUAUGCCGCCCUCGAGACCGCUGUCGAUCUGGGCGUCUUCCCCGCCCUGUCGAAGGAUGACAGCCCCAAGACUGCCGCGGAACUGGCUGCAGCCACAGGCGCCGAUCCCACCAUGCUGGCUCGCAUCCUCAAACACCUCAACGCAAAUGGCGUCAUCACCGAGACCGGCCCUGACGAGUACCGACGCACCGGCUUCACCAUCUCCAUGUGCUCCCCUCGUUACAGUGACGCCUAUCCCUGCAUGACCGGCUGCAUUACCGCGGGCGUGCUCUCCCUCCCCGCCGCGCUCAAAAAAACCAACUACGCCAACCCCCACAACAGCACCUCCUGCGGCUUCCAACUGGGCUUCCAAACCCCGCUGCACUUCUUCGACUUCCUCAAGGAAAACCCCGUCCACGCCGUCCAAUUCAACAACCACAUGACGGCCUACCACCAAGGCCGGCCCAGCUGGAUGGACAUCGGCUUCUACCCGGUGCUGUCGCUCGUCGCGGACACGGGCAUCAACGAGCGCGAUGCCCUCCUGGUCGACAUGGGCGGCAGCAUGGGCCACGAUCUGUCCGAGUUCAGAAGAAAGUGGCCUCAGGUUCCGGGACGGCUGGUGCUACAGGACCUCCCCGAUGUGGUGCAGCAGGCGAGGGGAAUGGGGCUGGAUGCCAGGAUUGAGGUCAUGGUGCAUGAUUUCUUUGAGGUGCAGGUUGUGAGAGGCGCCCGCGCAUACUACAUGCACUCCGUACUGCACGACUGGCCGGACUCCGACUGCCUGCGCAUCCUGCGCAAUAUCGUCCCCGCGAUGAAGCGCGGCUACAGCAAGAUCCUGAUCAACGAGAACGUCAUCCCCAGCACGAACGCGUACUGGGAGACCACCAGUCUGGAUAUCAUCAUGAUGGCGGAUUUCGCGUCCACGGAGCGCACCGAGACGCAGUGGCGGGCGCUCAUCGAGGCUGCCGGGUUGAGGGUGGUGAAGGUUUGGACGGUUAGGAGAGGGGUGGAGAGUUUGAUUGAGUGUGAGUUGGCUUAGUGGUUGGUCUUUUGGUGAGUCUGGAGAGGGGUGGUUAGGGGGUAUAUAUUGUGUUGGGUAUGUAUGCUUUGUAUGCUUUGUAGCUGGACUUCUGGGCAAUGGAUUUUCUUUUUUUUUU